UAUAAUACAGAGAGAUGGAAAGCAAUUUGCCAGUACUAUCCAAGAGAGUGUGGAACAUGGUACGCCUUGUCUUCUUCAUGCUCCGAAAAGGCUUCAACAAACCAAAACUCUUGAUGGACCUCAGCCUCAUGCUCAAACGCCCCGGCAAGCUCGCCGGAAAAGCCAUUGCCGAUCUCAUCACCCACCACCAUCAUUGCCACCAUGGGAGCUCCACAGCCUCCGACGACACCUAUUUGCGGUUCUCCACCGCCCGCGAGUACGAGUUCAGCUGCAGCAACAAACCCAACUACAGCUUCUUCUCCAAACGUCAUCCCCGUCGCUUCUUCACCUGCGCUCACGCGCCGCUCACGCUGGACGAUGAUGUGGUGACGGUUAAUAAUGCUCUUCAGGUGGCGUUGGACAAGCUCGAUGACCAAAAAUGCAAACAUGCGGUAGACGCGUCGCCGGCACUUCCCGGGUUUGGACGGACCCCGACGGUGAGACAGUUGAGGGUGACGGACUCUCCGUUCCCGGUGCAAGACGGCAGCGAUGACGGGGACCACCGGGUUGACAAUGCGGCGGAGGAGUACAUAGAGAGGGUCUUCAAGGAGUUAAGGAAGCAGCAGGGUUAAUGAGCAACUUUGGAUUAGUUACUCCGGGUUAAAUGUU